AUGCGUCCUCAUUAUGCUAGUAGUAUUGCAAGUAUACCACCCCCAAAAUAAUAAUAGUAUUUUGAAGGUAAUCGAAAAGGAGAAGUAAAUGAAUUGAAAAUGUACAAUUAUUCAAUCCAUAUAGAUUGGUCAAAAAUACCUUAAGUGAAAAGGAUGAUAAAAAGAAGAGAGAAGUUGUUAAAAAGGUUAUAGCUUAUAUGACAUUAGGUAUUAUCUUAUUUCUAUAAUUAGGAAUCGAUGUUUCUAAAAUAUUUCCAGAAAUGUGCAUGGCUUCAUAUACAAAUGACAUGGUAUAAAAGAAAAUGAUAUACUUAUAUCUUACUACAUAUGCUGAAUAAAAUAAGGAUUUAGCAUUUAUGGCAAUAAGUACAUUCUAAAAGGAUUGUAAACAUAGUGAUCCAAAAAUCAGAGGAUUUGCAUUAAGAAAUCUUUGCUCUUUGAGAUUUAGUGGUGCUAUUGAAUAUUUGAUGCCUGCAAUAAGAGAAUCCCUUUCUGAUAUAGAUCCAUAUGUUAGAAAAACAGCUAUUAUGGGAUGUGUCAAAGUUUAUUAUAUGCAACCUGAAUUUCUGAGUAAUAUAGAAGAACAACUAUAUAAAAUGAUUAGUGAUAAUGAUCCUUUGGUUAUAAUCAAUGCAAUUCAUGCACUCAAUGAAAUAUUAGCAGCAGAAGGUGGAAUGGCUCUAUCUAAGAAAUUAGUAGAUUACUUAUUAGGUAGAUUGAAAGAAUUUAAUGAAUGGGGAUAGGCUACUAUAUUAGAUGAAUUAUCAAAAUAUUAACCAAAAGAUGACAAAGAAAUGUUUAAUAUUAUGAAUCUUUUAGAAGAGAGAUUAAAACAUUCAUGUUCUGCUAUUGUAUUAGCAGUAAUUAAAGUAUUUAUGAAUUUUACAAAAAAUAAACCUUAAGUUUAUGAAUAAGUAAUUACAAGAGUAAAAGCACCUCUUGUUACUUUAGCAUCUAUUAGUGAAGGUAAUUUAGAAAUUAUGUAUACAAUUCUAUGUCAUAUUAAAUUUAUUGCAUCAAAAGGAUAUAAUUAAGUAUUUUCUUAAGAUUAUAAAUGCUUUUAUUGUAGAGUAGAUGAACCUACUUAUAUUAAAUUAAUUAAACUUGAGAUCUUAGCUUUGAUAGCAUGUGAUUUCAAUUUAGGAGAUAUGUUAAAUGAAUUAGGAGAAUAUGUUACUGAUGUUGAUUAAGAAAUUUCUAAGAAAUCUAUACAAGCAUUAGGUGCUAUUGCUCUUAGAUUACCUGAUUUAGCAAAUGCAAUUGUUAAAUAAUUAUCUUCAUUUAUUACUUUAUAAGAUUAUAUAACAAAUGAAGUUAUUAUAGUAUUUAAAGAUAUACUUAGAAAGGAUCCAAAACAUAUAAAAGAUUGUUUGGAAAUUAUUUAAUCAGACAGUGUUACCGAUCAAAAUUCUAAAAUUGCAUUAAUCUAUAUUUUAGGUUAAUUUGGAUCUUAAAUUCCUUUGGCUCCUUAUAUUUUAUAAACAUUUAUAGGUGUAGCAGAAUCUGUUGAACUUAAACAUGCUUUAUUAACUUCAUGUUUAAAAGUAUUUUUUUGUAGAGCACCAGAAAUGUAGGAAAUUUUGGGAUAAUUAUUUUACAGUAUUAUGAAUAAUGAAAAUGAAGAUAUUGAUUUAAAAGAUCGUGCUGCUUUUUAUUAUAGAGCAUUAUAAAAUAAUCCUAAUGAAAUUAAGAAAUUAUGGUAAAAUGGAAUCAAAGUGGAUAAAUUCUUAGAGGAAUAAAAUAUCAAUAAAGAAGCUUUAUUAUUUGAAUUUAAUUCUCUUUCUGUCAUCUACGAAAAGAGUGUCAAUAAAUUUAUCAAACCUGCUGAAUAUUUUAAUAAUCUUAGAAAUAAAGAAUUAUAAGAUCAAAUUUAAGAAUAAUAACAAUCUACUACUGCUGAAAAACCAGAUCCAGUUUAAGAUGGAUUUGAUAUUGAACAUGAUAUAACUGUACCAAAUGUACCAAUUGUAUAAAAUUAACCUAAUUUACUUGAGAUCUCUGAAUAACCAAAAUAAAAAUUAAUUAUUGAUAAUUUUGUACUUGAUUAUAGAAUUGAAGUUGAAUAUUUUGAAAGUAUGUGGACUAGCUUAAAUAAUGGGUAUUAUAUAUAUAUAUAUUUAUAAAUUUAGAGCUUCUAUAACAAGAACAUUGGCUAGAAAUGAUAUUGCAAAUGAAAAUGCCAUGGAGUAGUUAUUUAAUCGUUAUAGAUUGUAUAAUAUUGCUGCUGGAGAAGAGGAUAAUGUACUUUAGAUGUACUUUUAUGGAGCACAUAAAUGUUAAGUGUUUUUUGAAUUCGAAAUCAAUAGAAAUUUGAGCACUGUUUUACUAAAUACAAAAUCUGAAUUAGAAGAUUAUGCUUAUUUGGCAUAAAAAUAUGUUGAAGAUUUCCUAAAACAAUCAAAUUUAAUUGUUUGA